GCGACCGUCGUGGCUCGAGUGAAAACAGUACGGAGGUGACAAGGUAGACACGCUCUGGCCACUCUCGUCUCAGUAUGGCAGCAUCGUCCAAAAAGGUUUUCGAGUUGUUCGUUUCUAAAAUUCCAUGGACACUAGCUACCAAAGAGAUUCGGGAAUAUUUUGGACAGUUCGGAAACGUCAAGCGAUGUCUCCUUCCCUUUGACAAGGACACUGGUUUUCACAGAGGCUUCUGCUGGGUCACCUUCUCCACAGAGGAGAGCUUGAACAACGCCCUGCAGAAGGACCCACACAUCCUUGAGAACACCAAGCUGCAGGUCCAGAGGAACAGGCGGCCCAUUGCUGGCCAGAAGUCGAGCAGGAGUCCUGAGGACGACUGAAACACUGGUGUCCUCAUGAGGCAGUCUGCCAACUACACCUGUACCAUUACAACCCUUGUUCUCAUCACCUGUUGUCUGUUUAUAAAAGAAAUGUUCCAAUAAAUUACGCUCAAGACUCCUCAAACAAUGUUUACACAGUAGGU